AUGCAUUCAAAGCUUAACCUCCCCGAGAACUUUCCUGGUACUAUUUUUGCUGCGGCUGCCUUCAACCUUGGUGGGAAUGUUUGGACUUUCAAACACCGUGAUUGGCUCAACUGGCCGUUCGGAUGGUGUGCUAUUACUGCUCUCGGAGAAUUUGAUGCAAGCCAAAGUGCACAGCUCAUUUUGUGGGAGCUGAAACUGGUAAUUGACUUCCCCCAUGCAGCCACGAUUCUUAUUCCCUCCGCCGUUAUCACUCACUCGAACACACCUAUUGCAGACGGAGAUAUUCGGACCUCAUUCACUCAAUAUACUGCAGGCCCGAUUUUUCGUUGGGUUGAAAAUGGAUGUCGUACUGAGGCAAAGUUUGAGGAGGAGGACCCAGAUAACCACCGUAGAAUGCAGGAGGGUAAGGAAACAGCAUAUCUCCGUCGCUUAGAGAAUUUCUCCACUGUUGAUGAACUCCUGUGUAAAUUAUCAUAA